AGCUGUAGCAACCAGAGUAUAGUUGGAUUCUCCACGCCAUAGCAUGGAAAAAGGAUACCAGACCCUGAAGUUUUCACGCAAGAGCUUUAAAAGAACCUAGGACCUCCUCGAAACCGAGGCCCCACCCCAACUGUGAUAUCCGAGAUUCAAGGAUCAACGUAAUUUUAAACAAUUAUCCAAAGUACGCGUAGUUAAUCGAAGUGAACAAUCCAGCUAAAUUAAUAUCCCGAAAAUGCUUCUUAAUAUAUUCAACUCGGGGAUUUUCCAAAGGCAGUUUCGACGCCAGCUCCUGGUCUCGCUGAGUGCCACGCUGAUAACCUUCUGUCAUGGCAUUGCCCUUGGAUGGCUGUCCCCCAUGCUGCCGAAGCUCCUCCUGCAGGAGUCGUCGCCGCUGCCCUUCCACAUCAACGUGGACGAAGCCUCCUGGCUGGGCGCCGUCAUCAGCAUUGGCGGCAUCACCGGGAACUUCUCCUUCUCCUACCUGAUGAACCGCUUCGGGAGAAAGGUCUCCAUUUACGCAUUGGCCGUACCUCACACGUGUAUUUGGUUUCUCUUCUACUUCGCCGAGAGCAUCGAGUGGCUAUACGUGGCGCGGGUGUGCGCGGGACUUACGGGCGGGGGCAUGUUUGUGGUGCUGCCCAUUUUUAUUGGAGAAAUAGCCGACAAUAGCAUUCGCGGGCGAUUGUGUUCGUUUUUCACACUAACCAUGAACACGGGCAUUCUGGUGGGAUUUAUUGUUUCCUCGCACAUUGCCUAUCACGUGAUUCCCUGUGCCGUGGUGGGCCUGCCCAUCCUGUACGUUCUGCUGGCCACUCGAUACCCGGAACCUCCCCAGCAGUUGAUCCGCUGGAACCGCGAAGAAGACGCCCAGCGCUCCCUGAGGUUUUAUCGCUGUUGUGAUGGCCCGAAUGUGUCCAAGGAGGAGGAGCGAGCGUACCAGAAGGAGUUUGAUGAGAUGCGGGUAGCUAUUCUUCAGCAGAACAAAGACUCGGAUGACAAAGGCCUCUCGAUGGGAGAUUUCUGCAACAAGCAGGCCUUGAAGGCUCUGGCCACGGGCCUGGUGCUAAUGGUGGCCAACAUCUUCACGGGAACUUUCGCCUUCAUCAACUACAUGUCCAACAUUUUUGACGCGGCGCAAACCAAGCUGGAUCCCAACACGAAUACCAUUAUAAUCGGAGCUGUCCAGAUCGUGGGCACGCUGGCUAGCAUGUACCUGGUGGAUCGCUAUGGAAGAAAGGUCCUGCUGAUAGUCUCCUGCUUUGGGAGUGGCAUUGGUACAGCCGCCUUCGGGUUGUACGGCUUCUUUGUGCAGGAACUGGAAGCGGACAUGUCGGCCUACUCCGCGUGGCUGCCCGUUUGCCUGAUGUCCUUCAUUAUAUUCAUAGCCAACGUGGGAGUCAUUUCGGUGACCAUGGUGGUCCUGGUGGAGAUCCUACCGCAGCGCAUCCGAUCAGUGGCCACCAGCUUCUGCCUGGGCUGCCUGAGCUUCUUUGCCUUCAGCUCUGUGAAGACCUUCCCGCUGAUGAUGGUCCACUUGGGUCUGGCCGCCACCAUGUGGUUCUGCGCUGCCGUCAGUGCCAUCUGCCUGUUCUACGUAGUGGUCUACGUAGAGGAGACCAAGGGUCGCUCAAUGUAUGACUAAUUUCGUUCCUGUCCCCUGCGAAUAAAGUUCAGCUACUUCACAGUU